ACCGAGCUGAUAACGAGCCGAGCGUGAACUCGCGGAAAAUUGCGUAUCCGUGCAAUCGCAUCCAUCAUGUCGACCGGACCCCGAGCUCCCAAUGCCGGUGUCCUCGUCGUCGUCCUCCUCUUCAUCGUCACCCUGCUCCACGUGACCUACGCCUCGGGCUUGAGCACCGCGCCUCUAGCACCAACAGACAGAACAUAUCUAAGAAAUACGAAAUUCAGUACAAGCUUUAAUCGUAGUGGUCGAAUAUUCUUCGACGAUAUUUUCGGCAUCGAUAUCGCUAGUAAUAGUGGUAGCAAGCCAUUGUCGACCAACAAUGAGGAAAAAUUGCGGAAUUGCACGUGUGAUUGUGGCUUAUCAAAUCAAGAGAAUAGGAUAGUUGGAGGCCGACCUACUGAACCAAACAAGUAUCCUUGGUUAGCUCGACUAGUUUACGAUGGUAAAUUUCAUUGCGGAGCCAGUCUUCUUACCAAUGAUUACGUUAUAACAGCUGCUCAUUGCCUUAGGAAAUUGAAGCGAUCGAAAAUUCGCAUAAUACUUGGUGAUCACGAUCAGUUUGUUACGAGUGAUGGACAAGCUAUUAUGAGAGCUGUCGCAGCUGUUAUUCGCCACAGAAAUUUCGACACCGAGUCAUAUAAUCACGACGUUGCACUUUUAAAAUUACGGCGCCCCGUGAUUUUCUCAAAAACUAUAAGGCCUGUUUGUCUUCCUCGACCAGGAAGCGAUCCUGCGGGAAAGCGUGGAACAGUCGUAGGCUGGGGUCGGACGAAAGAAGGCGGAAUGCUCGCAGGAAUUGUCCAGGAAGUUGCCGUGCCCGUUCUCACUUUGGAUCAAUGCAGAAAGAUGAAGUACAGGGCGAACCGCAUCACUGAAAAUAUGAUUUGUGCAGGAAACGGAAGCCAGGACUCGUGCCAGGGUGAUAGCGGUGGACCAUUGCUCGUCGAUGAAGGCGGAAGACUUGAAAUCGCAGGAAUUGUUUCGUGGGGUGUUGGAUGUGGACGUCCUGGAUAUCCUGGCGUUUAUACAAGAGUUACGCGAUACUUGAACUGGAUUCACAUAAAUAUGAAAGAAACGUGUUUAUGCGAUACGUGAGCCGUAAAUGCCCUAAAUGAAGUGUGUUAAUGACUGAUAAUUCAAGCAUGUGAUAUUACAGUGUACUAAUUUUAUUUUUUGUACAUAAUGAAGUUAAUUAUCUUCAAUCAUUCCAUUCAAU